AUGUAAUAUAAACAGGAAUUUAGUAUAUCCAUAGGACAGCUCGAAGAGGACUUAAACUGUGAUGAAACAUCGCCUUCUCGAUAAUUUGAUUCGUUUAAAUUAAUCAACCAAUUCCCUAUAAAAACUAAGGAUUCUGUAGAGCAGAAAUUUAAGUAAAUCAAAAGAAGAAUGAAUCAUCACAAAUCUGAUAUUCAUAGACCUGCUUAACUUCAAUGUGUUGAUUAAAAAAAUAAUCAGAAUGAGAAAAGAGGAGCUACUUAUGAAAGAUUGCCUAGUGACUUACAAAUUGAUUCAUAAAUUAGAUAAGCCAAAAAAAAGAACAUCAAAGUUUCAGAGUAAUGUCUUAGUAGAAAUAACGUAUUAGAAUCAAAUUCAUCAUCCUAUAGUUCGAAAUUGGGUUCAAAACAAAAUUGUGUUAAGGGGAUAUUGAAGAAGUAAACCCUUGAUUCUUCAUUUUCUGAUAAUAACUCACGGAGUAGUAGUAUUGGUAGUAAGAAAAGUGUUAAGUUUAAUUUAUCGAAGCCAGAAGUCAGGAUGGCAUUGAAUUAAUGGAAAUGA